CAAAUAGAAAUUAAGCUGCUUGAGUCUAGUCGGUAGAACCCCUCUGAUACAUACUAAUCGAUUAAAGUCGACCCUGAAGAUUCAUUCAUUGAUUGUUUCCGUUUUUUGGUGAGAUAGUGGUUAGUGGAGGAGACGAUGAUGAAUAAUAAUAAUCCAGGAGUUUCGAGGGCGCCGAUCACUAUAACGAGAAGGCAAACAAUAAGACAGGAACAGGCAUUUUUGGGAGGUGGGCUGAUUAUAAUGAGCACAGGAUUAUUCAUAGCUCAGAGUUCAUACAUUUGGUUCUUCCCCAGCCAAUGGCUUUUCUUCGGACUGAGUACGGAUGAAUUACUUCACGCAAUCAUUAGUUGGAAUAUAGCAUUCAUAGUAGGUUUAGCGGUAGCUGCACUUGCUGUUCGGAAGUUUCAGAAAGAUAAGAUCUAUUAUCUUUCAGCUCUUAUAGUCAUAAUCGGAGGUGCACUUAUGUUACCAUCUUGGGAUUCUGCAACUCCGCUCAUCCUUGCACGAUACAUCGCAGGCGCUGGACAAGGAUUGGCUUUCUUGCCUACAAUCAUCCACACAUCGGAAAUAACUCCGCCCACUGCUCGGGGAAAAACAGUCGGAUAUGUAAGCUUCACGUUAGUUUCUUCCAUUUUAAUUGGGUUUGCCAUGGUUGACCUGUUCAUCUAUGUUAAUUCGGGGAGCUUGUCCAUUGACCAAAUGCUUGGCAUACUAACGUUCAUUUUCGGGGUGGUAAGCAUUGUCGUUAACUAUGUAAGGUUUAUCGAGUCGCCAGUGUACCAUUUGAAGAAUAACGAUAUUAGGAGCGCCAUCGAUUGUUUGGCGAAGUUAAAUUUAGACCAUCCGUCAUCUCCCAAUGUAGCUAAUGAACUUGCCCACCUGCAAGAUUUCGUUCAUGGGCCAAAACGGCCCAGUGGAAGCUUCAGACCCUUUAUAAGGGUAGUUGCCCUACGCACGGUUUAUGCAUUAUCCACACUAACCAUCUUCAAUUUGUUCACGAAUCUAUUCCUUGGAAGGGACCUGCGUCAAUAUAGCUUGCUAGUUGCUUACUUGGUCAGAUUUUUCGGUGAGUUCAUCGGUACUUACACUGUGGACAAACUUGGACGACGUCUAUUAUUGCUGAUUUCUUUGGGGGGAUGCAUCAUACCGUUUGCUGUGAUCGGUGGUUUAUAUCUCGGUGAUCUUGACAACUCGAUUCUUGUAAUUAGUGGCGCAUUGUCGAUCGUAUACCGAUUCUUUUUGGGACUUGGAUUGAGCCACAUAUCUCUGCUUUACAUGGGAGAGAGUUUCACUGUUGGCCAAAAACCGUUUUAUAUUUUCAUAGCUCUCCUUUUGGAAAACGUAAUACAAAUACUUGCAAUGGUGAUAUGUUGGUAUUUUACUAUGAGGGUCGCACCGGCUUAUUUGGUUAUGGCCGUUUUGCAGCUAAUAAUUGGGGGCUUUGUGUACUGGAAGACUCCAGAAACAAAAGGCUUGACAUUGAUUGAGUGCCGAGAUAUUAUGGAAUGAUAUUUGUGUCAUUUGGGACUAUAUUAGUUUGCAGAGAGGUUUUCCCCUAUUUGUUAAGUAAUUAUAAGGACGAAAUUAUGAAAGUCCUGAUUUUGUAAAUUAAUAUUUUAAGUUAUUAUGU